CCAUCCUUCACCAUAAUCCAUCUAUAAUUUCUACUUCACCAUCUAAUGACUUCGUCUUUCUCCUUUAAAUGACAAUCCCCUUUCAAUACUUUUACAUAUCUCCACAGCCCAUAAUAGUUAACAUUUAUGCAUUGAUCUGCUGAUGGGCUAGGACUUAUCUUCACUACAACGCCUCCGGUAUUAGGCAGUAGCUUGCCGCCAUGGCGACCACCGUCGACAUCCCGUGGCUGAAUAAGUACAUACCCGCUGGAUGUCUUAAGAUAUCUGCGCGUGGUAGCGAUCUUAUGUCCUGGGAGCCCUCGGAAUCACAGGCUUGGAAAUUCUUGACUCGAGAUGACGCUCUUCCCGCAUCAACCGCCCUCCCAUCUGACAUAGGAAAGUCCCUUUUAAAACUACCUGAUUUACAACCCUUCGUCACAUUAUGGACGCACCAAUGGAUACAUAUCUCCCUUAACCACAUUUCCAAGUCUAGUGGCGAUGGAUACCUUCGGAUCUACAUCUUGCCGCAAGAUAUUGAUAGAGCUGUAUUCAAGUUGAAUAACAAACUCUUACAAGCCAAUGCACUCUUACUAUCUCGACUCGACCAAUCACCGGCUCUUUGGAAAGGGGAAGUCGCCAACCAUAAAAGUCAACUUGAAGGGCGCGACAAGGCCACGCCUUGGACCGAGGAAACUUCACUACUAUCUAUGUUCAAUAAUGUACCCUCCCCGGAUCCUCGCGCAGAGUCGGAGUCUAAUCCGGAUACCCGCGACGGAAUGCAAUGCUUAAUGGAGAGCCAAAUUCCCGGUUUGACCACUAAGCUUUACCCCUACCAAGGCAGAUCAGCUGCACUUAUGCUCCAGCGUGAAGAAAAUCCAGGGAGGAUUAUUGAUCCCCGAUUUCAAAAGGCGCUUGACCAAGAAGGAAAGCCGUGGUAUCACGAUAAUGUCUCCGGUCUUGUCCUUAGAGAACCCCGAUACUAUGACGGAGUUCGCGGCGGAAUUCUUGCUGAGGAGAUGGGUACUGGAAAGACUCUCAUUUGCUUGGCUUUAAUUCUCAGCACCAAAAAUGAGCCGACUAAAGCGCCCGAGCCUUUUGUCGCUGAGACUCGACCUAGAUCGAAAAAGGCAUCAUUGGUAGAUAUGGCUGCGGCUGCUGCGAAUAAACAUUCCAUCGCAUGGAAGACCUACUUUGAAGCCUCCGCUGCUCAAUUUGGGUACGAAUACAAAGUUUGUAUAGACGCAUUAACCCACCCGGAGAACCGUGCUCUAUACAAGCUCCAAAAUACCUUAGUGGAGCCCCGAAGAAGUAGCAGAACGGUCCCUCAAGUCGCACCGCCUCGAGAAGUCUACCUUGGCCAUGUCACUCUCGUCAUCGUUCCCAAUAACCUUGUGAAACAAUGGCAGAAUGAAAUCAGCAAGCACACAAGUGGACUGAAUGUUCUCGUCAUAGUAGAGAGGCAAGCAAUUCCGCUAGUUACUACCUUGCUGAAUUACGACGUGAUCCUCUUUUCUGAAAGCCGCUUUGAAUGGAUUCAAAAGGAACAGAAGACCGGUGGGGGACCGGGCUCAGAUAUUUAUUGUCCACUUGAGUAUAUUCGAUUCAAGAGAUGCAUCAUUGAUGAAGGACACAAAUUAGGAAACAGAAGCCGAGCUUGGAAGAGCGACGUUAUGAGAGUCCUCGACCGCUUGGAAAUAGCGGCGCGAUGGGUCGUUACGGGAACCCCGUCGCGGGGUUUGUAUGGUGUGGAUCAACAGCAGGCAUCCGAAUUGAAGGAUGCAUCAAACAAGGAGAGCAUCCAUGGACGAACACAGUCUAACGUAAGACAAGAGCGCGAAGACUUGCAGAGAGUUGGUAACCUUGCAGCAAAAUACCUCAGGGUUAGGCCUUGGGCCAAUACAAGGGAUGAGGCUGGCGACAUCCCAGCGGACUGGAACGUGUAUGUUAUGCAUCCAGAACAACACGCGAAAGGUCACAACCGCAAGGACUGCCUGAGAACGGCUCUCAAUUCACUUAUAAUCCGACAUCGCCUCUCAGACGUAAGCACCUUGCUUCCCCCGGUAGACGAGAAGAUUGUACUUCUCGACGGAUCUUUCCAAGAUAGAUUAUCGUUGAAUCUAUUCUCAAUGAUGAUCAUAUUCAAUUCGGUCCAAUCGCAGCGAACGGAUAUGGAUUAUUUCUUCCACGAAAGACAGCGAAAGAGUCUUAUUCAGCUUGUCAAGAAUUUGCGACAAGCAUGUUUCUUCGGCGGAGUUUUUUACUCCGUUGAAGACAUCGAGAAAGCAUUGAAGACUGCGAAAGAAUUCCUCGAGAAAAAGGAAAUCCAGAUUAGUACAGAGGAUGAAGAUCUCCUUAAGCAAGCAAUUUCUUUCGGCGAACUCGCCGUAGACAAUCAACUCAAGGAUGUUAGCAAUAAGUUCCAUGCGAUGCCGCUCUAUUUAGAGAACUUCCCGGGAGGUGGUGGUAAGAGCUGGUCCCUCAACAACCAAGAGGCCGAUGGCCAACCUAUUUGCACCGAUGCCAGCAUGAUCCACGCUCUGCAGAAGUUUUUGAACCCUUGUAUUGAUGCACCGGCGUCUUUACAGCUUAUGAUUGACAGCGGUCGUUUGGCUCGGCAAGGCGUAGCUGAGCGCUCGCAGGCCUUGAUGGCGGCGAUGGAUGCCUCCGGCAACACCGAAACGCCGUCCACUCAGACCUCGACAUUAGCUGGAAACACUCCCUUGGGCGAUGAUUAUCAUUCGAAGCCGAAAUCGGGUACACUGGAAAAGGCGGUAUUAUCGCUUAAUGAAGACCAAGCGCCUGAUCCAAAUCUCGAAGGUCACGUCAAGAUUGCAGAGCCUUUAUCAAAGACGAGUAUCAUUUCGACUGUUUCGGCUAAGUUAUCUUACCUCAUUGAUGCCAUCGUCAAGUAUCAAGAGGAGGAGCAAAUCAUUGUCUUUUAUGAUAAUGAUAAUAUCGCAUAUUACCUAGCUGGAGUUCUUGAGAUUCUCCAAAUCCAACACUUGAUCUAUGCGAGAGCCGGCCUUAGUGCGGACCGACGAGCACAAUAUGUUGCAACUUUCACACAGAACCCAAAAUUCCGUGUUCUACUGAUGGAUAUAAGUCAAGCAGCAUUUGGUCUUGAUAUGCGCUCCGCAUCCCGUAUUUACUUCAUCAGUCCGGUCCUAAACCCACAAGUCGAAGCCCAGGCUAUCGGAAGAGCCCGAAGAAUAAGCCAACAGAAACCAGUGACCGUCGAAACAUUAGUCCUGCGCAACAGCAUCGAAGAAGUCAUCGUCAACCGUCGAAAACAGAUGACGCACGCCGAACACACCAAAGUCAAGUCUAUCCUAGACGACCGACUUAUGUAUCAAUGGAUUUUGAACGCGAAGAUUAUGCCCAUGCCCAAUGAGGAAGAUGGUGUCGCACAGACUGCUAUGCUGGAGGCCCCGCAAUUCGUCUUCGGUAGAGGAUUCGGUCGGGAGCUUCACCCUGAUGAGGGCUUGGUUACGGGAAGCCCAGAGGGCAAGCCGAAGGCGGAUGUGCAGGCGAAUGAAAAGCCCGCUCUUCGGUUUAAGGUUACGAAGGGCUUGAAGCGACCUCGCACCCCUUCGCCGGCUAUUAGCGGUGCGGAAAGCAGAGAUGAGUAUGAUGAGGCCCAGCAGCGACCCGCGAAGAGGGGUGGGCGAGUUGCGUUUGCGGUUUAGAGGGUAUCGAUGACUCGAUGCCUCAAUUUUCUGGAGAAGCUGGUCUAAGAUAUGGGACUGGCAUGUGAUCGAUACGAUGAUACAAACGCGGAAGACAUCAGGAAAAUUAGAAGAAAAUAUGCUAAAAUAUAGCUGCAAGAUACCGAGUGCGUUGAUUUAGAACGACAUAACAUUAUUUACGGUUGCUUGAGCAUCUGCGGAGAAUUGAGAUUAAGGGAUACUUCGGGGGCCUGACAGAAUUCCAUUUCACUCGGAUAUUACUUCACAUAUCCGAAAAUUUCUGCGAAAUAGUGGAUGAUAUUUCGCUGGAUGAGUCUUUCGUGUGCGCCGGGGGAUGGGGGGCUGGGAUUCUUCCCACAGGGCAGAGGCUGGUUUCGGGUAGACGCGAUAUGACUUUCGCCUAGGGCCGGAAUAUCCGGGAUACUGGCAUGUAAUAUUAGAGAACAAUGAGAUACCCGAUGAUUUAUCAAUUUACUAGAUGCAUCGUA